CGCUCUCUUCCUCGCGACUCCGCUAUACGGGGGCGCUUAACAAUGGUGAUUCUCUUUCUCUCUCUCUCACUUCAAUUCGGACAACAGAACCGAUCUUUGUGGCUGAAGCUUCGAAUUCAGAAUAGAGGACCGAGCUAAUUCCGUCGUUUACCACCACAUCUACAGCUUUCUUCGACCUAUUCGUUUGCUGUUUUGUGCACUUAGUUGUUCAUGAUAGGGUUUGAUCGAUUUGGGGGUUGAUCUGAACGUCAUCAUGAUGACUGGUACUACUGACAAGUUAAUCUCUGUUCAUCCGGAAGAGCUCAAGUUCCACUUUGACCUGGAGAAACAAAGUUAUUGUGAUCUCAAAGUUGCCAACAAGACAGAAAAUCAUGUUGCUUUCAAGGUCAAAACUACUUCUCCAAAGAAGUACUUUGUACGACCCAACACCGGUGUUAUACAGCCUUGGGACUCCAGUGUCAUAAGAGUCACCCUUCAAGCUCAGCGAGAGUACCCUUCGGAUAUGCAAUGCAAAGAUAAAUUUCUACUGCAAAGCACCAUAGUGCCUCCACAUUCCGAUGUUGAUGAGCUUCCACAAGAUACUUUUACUAAGGACAGUGGAAGAGUAAUAGAGGAGUGCAAGCUUAGAGUUGUGUACGUCUCUCCUCACGCAGCUCCUGGAAAUUCAGUAGAUGGCUUUCAACAAAGCUUUGAUACCAGUGCUAUGCACCUCUCCACAGAUUUUAAUGAUAAUCAGAGGGUGUAUCGCCUCAAAGAUGAAAGAGAUGCAGCUGUACGGCAAACACAGCAGUUGCAACAGGAGCUGCAAAUGCUGAAGAUACGAAGGAACCGUAAAAGGGAUCCAGGCUUCUCCUUCAAAUUUGCGCUUUUUGUAGGACUCAUUGGACUCAUGGUUGGGUUUCUUUUGAACCUGUUGCUGUCCUCACCUUCUACAGAUUGACUUCAAUCACCGUCACAUCCUCGGGAGAAAGAUUUUUGAUGAUUUCAUUGUAAAAUUGUAAGGUUUGUUGAGAGUGAAUAGAUUGUUUACUGUUAUUUUUCAUUUUGUAAAUUGAUCAUUGUUUGAUUGUUCCUUGAUCAGUUGGUUCGAGUUAUAUGCCAUUCUGCCAACAUGUUUUGGCGU